AUGCAGACGCCGCACCGCUACGAGGCGUCCCCGCUCCCCCCGCGCCUCAAGACCGGGCUCCCCGGGUUCGCGGAGCCAGACCCCCGCCACGGGGUCCCGCACGGGGGGCCCCUCGCCGCCUCGGGGUACCCGGGGAGACUCCGCGCCGAGUCGGCAGCCGGGAACUUUUCACAGCCCCUGCCGCCCUACCAACUGAGCGGACGUGGGGCCGAGCCACGGGCCGGGGAAGAUGACGACGGCAGCGACGAUCAUGAUGAUGAUGAUGAUGCAAUUGCGGGGGCUGCAGGCGGUGAGAAGCGGCCGUCCUUGCUGCAGGGCCCUGGAUGUACGGAACGCAGGGGCAGCAAGAAGGCGCGCAAGGCGCGCAGCAUCUACUCGAGUCUGCAGCUCCACGCGCUCAACCGCCGCUUCCAGCAGACGCAGUACCUGGCGCUGCCCGAACGCGCCGAGCUCGCCGCCUCUCUGGGACUCACGCAGACCCAGGUCAAGAUCUGGUUCCAGAACAAACGCUCCAAGUAUAAGAAGCUCCUCAAGCAGUCGGGAGGCUGCGGCGGAGAGACACCCGUUCCGUGGCUGAGUUCACACCCAGGAACUAUCGAUUACCAAGGCCCCGGCGCCUGGGACUCGCCUUUCAUGUCCCCACAGAUCCCGGACAAAGAGGGGUCUCCCUCGGGCCCCUACCUCUCGGCCGUGUAUCCUCCACCCUGGAACUCCAGCCGACCCGCGUCACACGCCCACCAUCACAACCACCACCUCGUGUGAGAGAUGACCUUCCUAUUGGGGGUGUUGGGGCGGGGUGGGCAGAGAGCUCACCACCACCCAGGAGGCAACGCGCUCGGGAUGAUGAUGAGGCGCCGAAUUAAAGGGACGUGGGAGUAACCGGUAUAUCUCCGUGCGAAGUCCGACGAUUCGGAGCAGCGAUGUCGCAACACUGAGGUGGCUGUCGUGCGAACGAGGAAAAAAAAAGUGCUCGAGACAGACACACGUGGCGAGAGAGAAAAAGAGACACGGAGAAAUGAAGAUAUACAUUUAGAGACAAUGAGGACAGACACACCUUCUAAACUGAACUUUUUAUUUUACCAGGUAAGGCCCACUGAGCUAUGUGGCUCUUUUUUCAGAAUGAGACUUGGCUCAACGAAGUGGCUUAUCGCGUGGAAAUGUCUAGCAGCUGAAUACUCUAAACUCAUGUUUCUAAAUGUGGAGGGAAAACAGGAGGACCCAGUGAAACAUACAUUGGACCACGGGGAGAGAGAGAGAGAGAGACAUGCAAACUAAAUAUACAGCAGGCGUCAGGGUUGCGAUCGAAUCUACGACGUCCUGCAUACCAGGAGAGGGAGUUAACAACCUCGCCACCGAAAACGUGAAAUGUGCAUACCCCACUUGAGAGCAGCACGAAACGCUGAGUUUAUAAUAUUAAAAAAAAAACAUCGACAUCCACUUCUUGCCGUGCUGCUUCACGUCCGCGGUGGUCGAGCUCUCGAGAGAGCUUCCUCCUUUGGCUGUCAUUCCAUCACCAGCCCCAUCCAUCGGCCAACCUUCCUCCUUUAUAGCCGACACCAUGCCUUGCUCAGUCCCACUAUGCCCCACUUCAACCCGUCGUGCACGUACCGGAAAUCACGUUUAGUUCCCUGAUCCACGCGCUCCACUAUUUGUUCCCCAAAUGUUGAUUCCAUAUCGUCCGUUUUAUUUUGUCCCCACUUCAUCGGGAACUUGUCAGCCGUUGUUAAAUUCUCAGCGGUGCCCAUCAUGUCUGUAAUUCACGUCAUAUCUGGCAUAAACAUAAUAUCAAUACUCGAUGUUGUCUUGGUGGUUGUCCUUUGGAUAAAAUCGCCCCCCCCCUGUGAUAGGAAUGCUCAGGGCUGUAAACAUGCUCGAUCGUGCUGAAGAGAUUUACUAUCGUUAGUAUCGGAAUAGGUUUUACCCUUUUAACUGGCACAAAAAUAUCGUUAGUAUCGUUCGUUUUAUCUGUCACGUUUUAACAUAUCUGCCUAGUCAAUGUGCCUUAUUCUGACUCCGUGGCCACUUGAAUACACCACGAGGCAGUACUUCAUAUCCUGUACUGCAGCAUAAACGAAAAUGUUCAGGAUUUUUGUUUUUAUAUACAGGGUGUUUUAAACGGAUGGACCCGAUUUGAAAUCGCUAUAUCUCUGCAACCACG